GUUGGCUUGUUCUUCACUUGCUUGUGGGACAGUACUUUAAAUCUGUCUAUGGAUCAGAAGGACUGAAGAGCACUUUUGCUCCCACCACCAAUGUUUCUUAGAGCUGCUAAAACAGGACCAAUGAAGAUGUUUACCAGGCUCCAAGUCCUUGCCCUAGCUUUGUUUUCCAAAGGGGUCUUCCUUUCCCUAAGUGACCACAGUUUUGUAAGAAAAGAGAUUAAGAUAGAAGGAGACCUGGUCUUAGGUGGUUUAUUUCCAAUCAACGAAAAAGGCACCGGGAUAGAAGAAUGUGGGAGAAUCAAUGAGGACCGAGGCAUCCAGCGCUUGGAGGCUAUGUUGUUUGCCAUUGAUGAAAUUAACAGAGACAACUACUUGCUGCCAGGAAUUAAGCUUGGAGUUCACAUUUUGGACACAUGUUCCCGGGAUACAUAUGCCUUAGAACAGUCUCUGGAGUUUGUGAGGGCAUCUUUGACUAAAGUGGAUGAAACAGAGUAUAUGUGCCCUGAUGGCUCAUACGCCAUUCAAGAGAAUUUACCGUUACUCAUUGCAGGCGUCAUAGGUGGUUCCUAUAGCAGCGUCUCCAUACAGGUGGCAAAUUUACUCAGACUCUUCCAGAUCCCCCAGAUAAGUUAUGCCUCCACCAGUGCCAAGCUGAGUGACAAAUCCCGCUAUGACUAUUUUGCAAGGACAGUGCCCCCUGACUUCUACCAGGCAAAAGCCAUGGCUGAAAUCUUACGGUUCUUCAACUGGACUUAUGUAUCGACAGUUGCUUCAGAAGGAGACUACGGAGAGACUGGGAUCGAAGCCUUUGAGCAGGAGGCUCGACUCCGGAACAUCUGCAUUGCCACUUCCGAGAAAGUGGGGAGGUCCAAUAUCAGAAAGUCCUAUGAUGGUGUGAUCAGAGAGCUGCUCCAGAAACCCAAUGCCAGAGUGGUGGUGCUCUUCAUGCGCAGUGAUGACUCUCGGGAGCUCAUUGCAGCUGCCAACCGCUUCAACGUUUCCUUUACCUGGAUUGCCAGUGAUGGAUGGGGAGCUCAAGAGAGCAUUGUCAAAGGCAAUGAGCAUAUAGCCUCUGGGGCAAUAACCUUAGAACUUGCUUCCCAUCCAGUUAAAGAGUUUGACAGGUAUUUCCAAAGCCUCAGCCCUUACAAUAACAGGCGCAACCCUUGGUUCAAGGAUUUCUGGGAGCAAAAAUUCCAGUGUAAUCUCCAGAACAGAAAGCCACAUAGAAAAACUUGUGACAAGCACUUCACUAUCAACAGUUCCAACUAUGAGCAAGAAUCCAAGAUUAUGUUUGUUGUGAAUGCUGUGUAUGCAAUGGCCCAUGCCUUGCACAAAAUGCAGCGGACUCUGUGUCCAAACACUACCAAACUUUGUGAUGCCAUGAAGCAUAUGGAUGGCAAGAAGCUGUACAAAGAUUACCUUCUGAAAGUAAACUUUACAGCUCCUUUCAAUCCUCCCAAUGCUGCAGACAACAUGGUCAAAUUUGAUGCCUAUGGAGAUGGGAUAGGCCGAUACAAUGUGUUCAAUUUCCAGAACACUGGAGGCAGGUACUCCUACGUGAAGGUUGGUCACUGGGCAGAGACCUUGUCACUAGAAGUAGACUCUAUCCACUGGUCCAGAAGCUCUGUUCCUGUUUCCCAAUGCAGUGACCCCUGUGCUCCAAAUGAAAUGAAGAAUAUGCAACCAGGAGAUGUCUGCUGUUGGAUAUGUAUUCCUUGUGAAACUUAUGAGUACCUGGCUGAUGAAUUUACCUGUGCAGACUGUGGACCUGGAAAAUGGCCCACGGCUGACCUGACCAGCUGUUACGACCUACCAGAAGAUUACAUCAAGUGGGAAGAUGCAUGGGCAAUAGGUCCUGUUACCAUUGCAUGUCUGGGCUUUAUUUGUACUUUUAUGGUCAUUGGAGUGUUUAUUAAGCACAACAACACCCCCCUGGUCAAAGCCUCUGGCCGUGAACUGUGCUACAUACUGCUCUUUGGGGUCUUCCUGUCUUACAGCAUGACCUUCUUCUUCAUAGCCAAGCCCUCACCAGCUAUCUGCACCCUGCGCCGUCUAGGGCUAGGAAGUUCCUUUGCUGUCUGCUACUCUGCCCUCCUGACCAAAACAAACUGCAUAGCCAGGAUAUUUGAUGGUGUAAAGAACGGUGCUCAAAGGCCUAAGUUCAUCAGCCCCAGCUCUCAGGUCUUCAUCUGCCUGAGCCUCAUUUUGGUACAGAUUGUGGUGGUGUCCGUGUGGCUUAUCUUGGAGUCCCCUGGCACCAGGCGGUACACUCUUCCCGAGAAGAGAGAGACUGUCAUAUUGAAAUGCAAUGUGAAAGAUUCCAGUAUGUUAAUCUCAUUAACAUAUGAUGUAAUCCUGGUAGUCUUAUGCACUGUAUAUGCCUUCAAAACAAGGAAAUGCCCAGAGAACUUCAACGAAGCCAAGUUUAUCGGUUUCACAAUGUACACAACGUGCAUCAUUUGGCUGGCCUUUCUCCCUAUAUUUUAUGUGACAUCCAGUGACUACAGAGUGCAGACUACCACCAUGUGCAUCUCUGUAAGUCUGAGUGGCUUCGUCGUGCUGGGCUGCUUGUUUGCACCCAAGGUGCACAUCAUCCUCUUCCAGCCCCAGAAGAACGUGGUUACUCACAGACUCCAUCUCAACAGGUUCAGCGUCAGUGGGACCGGGACCACUUACUCCCAGUCAUCUGCUAGUAUGUAUGUUCCCACUGUCUGCAAUGGAAGGGAAGUUCUGGACUCCACCACCUCAUCUCUGUGAUUUUGACUUGCAGUUCAGCUCUGGAGUUUCUAGACUGUUAGGCAAAAUUUUGCACAUGUUGUGCACUCUGAAAAACACAAGUGGAAAAAAUCACAAGAAAAGAAAACAAAAUAGUUCCUUUUUUUAGAAACAGUAUAAUAAAUUAUUUUUCAGGAUUGUACAGUAUAUAGUGAUGUUCUGGAACUUUUUAGACUGAUUUUAGCCCUUCUGUUGUUAACGGUUGUAAGGGACAUGUAAAUAACCAUGGUUCACAAUGUGCAUAGUCCUGCAUUAAGGGAGUGAUUUGUUGCAAGCACAGUUGUAGUUAGGUGACUUCUUUCCUACGAACUUCUUUUGUAGCUCCUUGUUGUAAUUAACUUAGACUGCAUUUCUAUGUUGUAUAUUACAGUUACCUUACUUGUAACGGAUUGGUUUUCUCAGCACAAAACAGCAGUAUUAAUGUAAAGGCACCAAUAAUAAAAAGGUAAAAGUUUU